AUGUCUCUCAAGCCCAUCACCGUCUGGGGCCAUGGCCCAGGUCCCAAUCCCUGGAAGGUGAUCAUGAUCCUGGAAGAGCUGAAUGUUCCCUACACACACAAGAUCAUCACCUUCCCAGACAUGAAGAAAGAAGCAUACGAGUCCAUCAAUCCCAACGGCCGCGUCCCCGCAAUCGAAGACCCAAACACCGACACCACGCUCUGGGAAUCCGGCGCGAUUAUCGAAUACCUGAUUGACACAUAUGAUAAACAGAACUCGAUCAGCUUUGCCGCCGGUUCUAAAGAUUACUAUCUCGCCAAGCAAUGGCUUCAUUUCCAGAUGUCCGGUCAAGGUCCAUACUUCGGCCAGGCUGUUUGGUUCAGCCGGUACCACCCAGAGAAGCUACAGAGCGCAAUCGACCGCUACGUCAACGAAAUCCGUCGUGUAUCUGGUGUGCUUGACCGCACCCUCCAGGGGAAGCAGUAUCUUGUCGGUGAUAAAUUCUCAUAUGCCGAUGUUGCUUUCCUUCCUUGGUAUCUUGUUACUAUCCAGCUUGAGAUUGAUACGGCGAAGGAUUUCCCAAAUGUUGCUGCUUGGUUGAAGCGGGUGCAGGAACGUCCUUCUAUUGCUAAGUCGGUUCAGGAUCGGGUCGAGGCUUCAGCGCAGCACUAG